AUGGAGCCGAUGCCGACCAUCUUCGUCUCGCACGGAGGCCCGAACGUGGUCACCGAUCCGUCCGAGGCGCGGACCUAUCUCGAGGGUCUGCCGGAGCGGCUGCCGAGGCCGAAGGCCAUCGUCAUCGCAUCGGCGCAUUUCGAGACGGACGGGCCGACCGUGGUGCGCGAUCCAAAGCCGGGCAUGAUCUAUGAUUUCGGCGGCUUCUCGCGGGAACUCUACGAGAUCGUCUAUCCUGCCCCUGGCGACCCGGCGCUUGCCGGGCGCGUGCACGGGCUUCUCGAAAGCGCCGGCCUGUCGCCGGCCUAUGCCGAUGAACGCGGCUACGAUCACGGCACUUGGACCGUGCUCAGGCUGGCAUGGCCGGACGCCGACAUUCCGGUCGUGCAGGUUUCGAUCGAUCCCUCGCGCGAUGCGGCCUAUCACCACCGGUUGGGCGCGGCGCUGGCGCCGCUGCGCGCCGAGGGUAUCCUGAUGAUCGGAAGCGGCCACAUCACCCACAAUCUCCGCGCCGUCUUCUCGGCGAUGCGCGAAGGCAUGCCGUCCGAUCCCGAGAUGGCGUCCAAGGUGGAUGGAUUCGUGGGGUGGAUGGCCGACGCGAUCGCGUCCGGCGACACCGAGGCGCUGCUCGCCUGGCGCGACAAGGCGCCGUUCGUCGCCGACAACCAUCCGACGGACGAGCACCUCAUGCCGCUUCUCUUCGCGGCCGGCGCCGCCGGUUCGAACCCACGGGCCGAGCAUGCGCAUGCCUCCCGGCAGUUCGGCUUCUUUGCCUGGGACAGCUGGAUUUUCCACUGA